AUGGACAGCCUGGACGCCGUGCUGCCGAGGACGGGCGCGGGUUCGGAGGCGGAAUCGCGCGCGGUCGACGCCCCGCCGCCGCGGCCCAUGGGGGGCACGCGCGAGGAGCGCGCCGCUCGCGAGCUCGCCGAACGCGACGCCGCGUCCUCCAAGGCGCGUCUCGAGGCUCAGCGAAGGCGCGACACCCCCGAGGGCGUGACGGACGCAUCGUGGAACCCGCUGUGGAGCCCGCUGUCGACGGUGUACAACGUGCCGACGGUCGAACCGAAGGCGGCGUACGCGCUGGCGUGGUGCCACGUCGCCGCGUUCACCGCCGACCUGCUCUCGUACAAGCUCGCGGGCGGCAGCGGCGGCGACGUCUUCCUCCGACUCGCCCUCUUCGACGACGCCGUCGUGUACGAUUCCCAGUGGCUACGCGUCUUCACCGCCGGCUUGGUCGACUUUGGCCUCGUCCACUUCGCCCUCGUCAACGUCGGACUCGCGCUCGUGGGCGCCGAGGCGGAGGCGCUGCUGGGCACCUUUCCCUUCCUCGCGGUGUACGCGUUGAGCGCCGCGUUCGGCGGCGUCGCGUCCAUGGCGUUCGACGCGUCUAAACUCCACGUCACCUCGUCCGAUGGUUUAAUGGGCGUCUUGGGCGCGUUGUUACUGUACAGCGCUUUGAACGUGGAGAACGAGUGGAACCCGUCCGGGUUCACGACGAGGCUUUUAAAGUGCGGGGCUCUCGCGGUGGGGUUGCAGUACGUGGCGUCGGUGCCGACGGAGGCGGGCGCGGGGCACGUGGUCAACGCGGCGGGUCACCUCGUCGGUUUUGUGAGCGGCGCCGCGCUGGGGUACCUCGGGUUAUCGCCCACGUUUACGAGCGAAAAGUUUGAGCCCCCGGACGGGCGCAGGAAGAACCUGGAGGACGUCACGGAGGUUGGAGCCGGCGGGCCGAAGAAGGCGUGGGUGGGUGUUGGCGGGUUCAGCGCCGCGGUGGUGGCGCUGUGCGCGGUUGUGGUGUUCAAGCGAGUGUUCGACGCGGACCCGAGGGACGUCUUUUAA